UCACAACCAUUCUGUCUUUGAGGUUGAUACUGUGAACACUGUGCAACAUGAAGUUAGCUUGUGUAAGUGUUUGUGUUUUAUUUUUACUGGUCGGUAAUGCUCAUUCCCAAUUUUUCCGAGGGUUUGUGGUUGAAGAACCAGAGUAUGAGGUAGAUACCAACAACGAAGAAUACCCAUCGACAGACUAUUCUUCAUAUGAUCUUUUGGGCAACCCAGAAGAAAAUGAAAUCGAAGUUGAAGAAGAGAAGCCAAAACCAGAUUCUGGAUCUUCAGACGAAUCUGUAAGUCCUAUCCCAGAAGAUUCUCGACCUGUGUUUCCUGAUUUUGAGUCAGAAAUACCAAGUAAGCCCUCUCUGGAAGAAAAAGUCGAAAAACUUCUUACUGACUUGAAAACACAGCAAGAGAAAAUCACCAACUUGGAAGACAUUAACAAGAAACUGAUUCUCAAGAUAGAUUCCAUCGAGCAACAGGUGAAAACCAACAGUAUUAUUCUCACAAAUGUUCACCAAAAGCCAAGGGAGACUUCUAGGGCUACAUUGCAGAAAGUCCUUCAUGUCUUCAACCGUGUGAUGAAAGUCAGGGUUUCUGCUCAAGACAUUUCUGUAGCUCUUCGGGCCCUGAGUGACACCCCUGGCAGGAACAAACCCAUUGUUGUCAGGUUUACCAACUUCGCUACCAAGAUGAAAGUGCUCUCAGCCAGCAACAGGUUGACACAUACCAACAUGACAGUGUCUUCGGACUACAGUGAGUUGGUUGCGCAGAAGCGUGGCGAGCUAGUGCCAUAUCUUCAGCAGGCUCUGGCGCAGGGUCGUCGUGCCUUCUUGUGGUACGACAGAAUCAUCAUUGACGGGAAAACUCACACCUUAGAGGAGCUCCUAGCUGAGAACACAUCGCCGGACACUACGGAGGAACUGGAAUCCAUGUCUUCUUAAGAGACUAGUGAUGAGCUGCUAAAAUAAUUAAAUAUAGACUGUCAUCCGUGCUGCAGUUACCAUGGUUACCAUAGGUUCUGGCGUUCACCGCUGGGAGUGCCAUGUAGUUACGGUGCUCCCAGCGGUGUGCGCCAGAACCUAAGGUAAACGCAGCACGGCUGACGGUAUAUAUUUAAUUCAUUUUGUAUAUGGUAAAAUACUGUACUGGUUUUCAGAACUAUAGUUUAAAGAAUUUUUUUAAAUAUGCUAUUCACCAGUCUUUAGGGUAUAUUGUUUAGACUAACUUGUAUUAGUUAAUGAAAUGUAGAGCAGUGGUUAUAAAGGGAGGUUGGCAGUGGGUGUUUUCUUAUGUUGGGUAACUAAGGUUUGUUAAAAUUUAUUGUGGGUCUUGGUAUUUUUAUAUUUUGUUUCUUGCACCAAGUAGCCUAUUUGGAAUUUGUUUGAUGAAAAUUCACUCCAUAACAAUUUACUACUGUAUAACUUGUUUUUACUAAUCGCUACAAUUUGACCCAUUAUUUAAAUUUUGCUUGAAUAGUAUGUGAUAAUUUAUUCUACUAGUUUAGGAUAAGAAAAUGUUAAUUUAUGGGAAUAAAAUAAACCUCAGUGAAAAACUGCAA